CUGGACAACGAAGGGCUGUCGGGGACGAUCCCUCCGCAGCUAUUCGACAUAUCGCAGCUGACGCGCCUUGACCUGGGCUGCGGCAACGCCUUCGGCUGCGGCAACUCCAUCUCGGGCACCAUCCCUCCGGAGACGGGCAAGCUCUCGCAGCUGGGGUUUCUUCGUCUGAGCGGCAACUCCAUCUCGGGCACCAUCCCGUCGGAGACGGGCAAGCUCUCGCAGCUGAAGUCUCUUGGUCUGGACAGCAACUCCAUCUCGGGCACCAUCCCUGCAGAGAUAAGCAAGCUCUCGGAGCUGGAGUGGCUUUACCUGAACGACAAUGACAUCUCCGGCACCGUGCCGUCGCAGCUCAACAACCUGCCGCUGAGGCGAUGCUGGCUGGGCGGCACCAACCACUUUGCCUGCCCCCUGCCC